AUGGCAGAACCAGCCCAGGCCCCGCUGUCCCGCCUGCUUGUGCCCGUGCUGCUGGCGCUGGGCUGGAUCCUGGGCUGUGCCCUCAUGGUGUACAUUGUCUUCUCCUGACCUCGGAGGGAUGGCAGUGCCACACAGAGCCCUGUGGUGAGAAGAACCUACAAUGAAGUUGAUCAGAAGAACUCAGAAGUUCAGUUUAGAUUUCUAAUUACUAAAAUACGUAUAAAAUGAGUUAUUUUUAAUAUCAAGCAUGUAAAUGCUGUGCACACUUUUUAUCCGUUAGGAAGCAUCACCAAACCUAUUUCCCUGUUCUCAGAUUAUUUGCAAUUUAGGGAGUGGUUUUUGGAAUCUCGUGGUAGGUCAGAUCCUGCCUGCUUGCUGAACAGCAAACUUUUAAAACAGCUACCCACCAGCUAAGGAGCUUCAAGCUUGGUAGAAACAGGCAAGGGUUAAUUUCUCAUGGGGCCUGGGCAAGUAUUUUUAGCGUUAUUAUGGGGAAAAUCUCUUGGACUCCAUUGCUAUGAAACAGAACAUUGCAUGUCCUUGGAAAAGAGAAGCCCAGGCCGAGUCAGGGCUGGGAGGGUUGUGCAGCUCAGUGUGUCUGAACAGGGCUCACCAGGGCCCUCAGUGCCCUGUGCUGGGGUUUGCUUUUUAAUUAGAACUGGAGAUAAUUAUACUCCCCCAGUCAAUAAUCAGCCAUGUGAACUUCCAGUGACUUUGCCAUUUAAAUCACAACUGAGCAUCAGAUCACUGCAUUUUCACUGACAGCUCUGGGCUUUUGAGCAUGGAGAUUUUUCUACUGAAGAACUGCAGUUCUGAGAAGAUGAAAUCAUUAAUAAUUCAAUCCCCAGUUAAAGCAGAGAAUUGAUUGUGAGAGGCAUGUCUGGAAGAUCCCAGCAAGAUGUGUGUUUAAGGGAAUGUGAAAAAAUUCUUAACAAACUCUGAUGGGGUUAAAUAGAGAAAGAAACUAAUUUUUUUCACUUCUGCUCACAUAAUUAGUAUAAUUUUGAGAAUGUGAGGA